AUGAUUCAAGUUGAUGAUAAUCCUUAACAUCUAGAUCUUAAUCUUUAUCAGAAUAUUAAUAUUGGAAAGUAUGAGGAUAUUCAAAUCAAAAUAUCAAAGCUCGAAUCUACGUUUUUCUAAUGUUUAAGUUAUAGUAAACAAGAAUAAUUGAAGUAAAAUGAGAAACUACAAUCUGAUAAUUCACAACUUCAUGAUCAUGAACAUAAUACAAAUAAGGACUUAUUCCAAUUCGAAUAAUUUGAAAAAUAUAUUGCUUAAUACUUUGCCCAACUUCGUUCAUAAUUUGGAAAUACCAAAUCGAUCUGUUUCAUGACUUCUUAAUAGUUAAACCUAUAUUUCGAAGAAGCUUUGGAAUAAUUAAACAAUAAAACAAAGUUGUAUUAAGACAUACUAAAACUUAAACUUUUAUAAACAUCAUAAGGUAUUCAUUCAUAUCAAUGAUUGUUAGAUUUAUUUUCAAAAGUAUACCCAACUAAAACAAAUAUAAUACUUAAGAAAUGGUAUUUACAUAAUUAUAGUUAUCCAUACCCAAAUUAGUUGGAAAUCAAAAAAUUAAUCAAUAAAACACAGCUAUCCAAGAAGAAGGUAUUAAUUAUUUUUUAUUAAGAUAUUAAAUUGGUUUAUCAAUGCUCGCAAUAGUUUUAAGAGAAAAAAGCAAAAAAAAUAAAAAUAUAAUAUAUUAGUGCGAGAACACUAUUAUGCUUUAUUUCAAUCCAAAAAAUAAAGCUAAAACUCAAAUUAAGAAUAAUCAAAUUAACAAAUUUUAUUUUGA